CGAGUCUUAACUGCUUUGUUUGGGGAUUGCAUCACAACAUCGCCAAAUGCUGUCCAGUCUGAGCAGGCAAGAAGAGCACUAUCAAUCUGAGGUCAUUUCCCACCACGGUCAGUGCUUCAGCUCGACUCCGCAAGAACCACCUUAUUAAUAAGGACAGACGGCAGAGCUCCAUUGCCUGGCUGGCAUACAGAACAAGACAAGCAACUCCAGGACGCAACAGACAUCCAUCAUGACGAAGGGAAAGCUGUCAAUAGCGAACAAGGUCUCCAAUGGCUCCAGUGUUGAAGCUUUAGUGUCACCAACUCCUCCCAGCUAUGAGGAAGCCACUGCAGGCACCAGUGCUCCUUGCUACAAUGACGUUGAGACGCUCACAGAGUUCAACUGGGAUGAUCGCAACAUCAGGAGGAUCUUUAUCCGGAAGGUGUACGCCAUCUUGAUGAUCCAGCUCUUGGUGACUCUCUCAAUUGUUGCUAUUUUCACAUUCUGUGACCCAGUGAAAGACUACAUUCAAAGUAACCCAGGAUGGUACUGGGCGUCUUAUGCGGUGUUCUUUGUCACAUAUCUGACCCUAUCUUGCUGCUCGGCACCAAGGAGACGGUUCCCAUGGAAUCUGAUUCUGCUCUGCAUCUUUACCCUCUCACUCUCCUACAUGACAGGGAUGUUGUCCAGCUUCUAUAACACCAAGUCUGUGGUGAUGUGUCUGGGCAUCACAGCAGCAGUCUGUCUCCUGGUCACAGUCUUCAGUUUCCAAACUAAGUUCGAUGUGACAUCCUACCAAGGUGUGCUCUUUGUCUUCUGCAUGGUCAUGUUCCUUUCUGGACUGAUGCUGACAGUCGUCCUUCCCUUUCAAUAUGUACCCUGGUUGGAUGCCAUCUACGCUGUCCUCGGAGCCAUAUUGUUUACGAUGUUUUUGGCUUUUGACACCCAGCUCCUCAUGGGGAACAAACGCUACACCAUGAGUCCAGAGGAGUACGUCUUUGCCUCUCUCAACAUCUACCUUGAUAUCAUCUACAUCUUCUCCUUCUUCCUCCAAAUCUUCGGAACAAAACGAGAUUAAACCAUCGGGCCACCUUUCUUAUCUGUAAGGGACGGAAAUCUAGGCAGACAUGAUUUAGAUGACAAUGCUUCCAAAUGUAACGGAUUUAUUUUUUGCCCGAUACUGUUAAGGCCACAAAUACUUUGGAUCAUUUGUACAGCUAUACAUUUACAUAGAUGUAUGUCAGUGUUCACAUCCAAAAUGUCUGCAGACUUUCCCACCUCUCCAGCAUGUUGUGAACCCACACCACAUUAUGGUAUUGGCUUACUCGCUUUACCAGCAAGAAACAAUCAGUGAUCUCCAUUUAACGUAGAAAAACAUGCUGUGAGUGUUUAUCUGCAGUUCUAUGGGUGUCUUCAUGUCCAUACCUGCUUAGAUAUCACGAAUGUCCUUCAAAAAAAAUAUAGAUGUCCGUGCUCUUUGAGAGGUAUGUGAUCAAUGAUACAUUAUGCAUGACUCUUAAAAAGCUCUAACUUUGCCAAUUGUUGGCAUCACUGGGCUAUUAUUGUUGUUGUUGUUGUUGGUGAUUUAAUGACUGAAAGCACAAAAGUGAUUACAAAAAAGACUAGUUGUGUUGUCAAGAAUAUCCAAUGUUGUCACAAUACUGUGAAUUAGAAGAACCCCCAUGCUUUUUGGGGGGGGAUAGGUGACGUCUUUUUUUUUUUUAGCUUUUUGAAUGACAAUUUAGAAAUAUUAUUCAAUGAAUUUGGGAUAUUGUUACUCAUUUCUGACUUGAUUUGUUCCUCGUUCUGCAUGGUCUAUGUUUUGGUUUUAUUCCAUUUAACUGAGGCUGUCAUUCAUUGCACUCCCAUUGUUAUGUUGUUUUCUCAUAGUAUACCAUUUGUAUAACAUGUGCUUUUGAACCUGAAAUGUUUUAAAUGAAGACUGUGUACAUAUUUGUUUUUCAUCAGAUUGACUUGGUAUUAUUUAAACUUGUUUAUUUAGACUUAAGUGGUUUCAUAUGAUAAUCAAAUAUAUAGAUGACAGUGCCAUACAUACAUACAUUUACUGUAACUUUUGGAUGAGGCCUGUUUUUUUAUGGAAGGACUUGAAAGCUAUAUUUCAGGACAUUUGAAGAUAAUUAUUUUAUUACAGAAUGAUAUAUUUCAGAUAGUCUGAUAUAAAAUUGUUAGUUUGAAGCUAGAGGAAUUCACAAGUCGUCUAAAGUGGCCUUGGACUACCUUCAUGUGGUGAUAUUGAUGCAGUACCAGUAUAUUGUUUUUUUUAGAGCACCCUGCAUUUAACUGACACAUUGGUGUUACUGUAUUGAUUUAAUAAAGGGUGAAUGGUUCUGAAUGGA